CGCGGCGGUGGGCGACAGGACGGGUCGGUGCCUGCCCCUCUUCAGUGUGCGAGUGGCUCUCGGGGCGGAGGCUGUCGCGGUAGGGACGGCAGCAGCUCUAGCACCAGCUUCAGAACCGCCACCACCUGGGUGAUCGCGCCCGGGGCAGCCGCCGGCUUCACACGCCGACAGACCCUCCCUCACUUCGCUCCUGCUUCUCCGCCGGCUCCUGCUAGGGCCGCUGCGCCCCAAGGGAUGGCUGUGCUGGCCUUGGCCCUGGCGGGACUCGCCAUCUUCGGACUCAUCCUCUUCGUCGUGCUCUGGCUCAUGCACUUCAUGUCCAUCAUCUACACACGCCUUCACCUCAAUAAAAAAGCCACGGAUAAACAGCCAUAUAGCAAGCUUCCUGGUGUUUCACUCCUGAAGCCAUUAAAAGGUGUGGAUCCAAACCUGAUCAACAACUUAGAAACCUUCUUUGAGUUGGAUUACCCAAAAUAUGAAGUACUGCUCUGUGUACAAGAUCAUGAUGAUCCAGCUAUUGAUGUGUGCAAAAAGCUUCUUGGCAAAUACCCAAAUGUUGAUGCCAGACUCUUCAUAGGUGGCAAGAAAGUUGGCAUCAACCCUAAAAUUAACAAUUUAAUGCCUGGGUAUGAAGUUGCCAAAUAUGAUCUCAUAUGGAUUUGCGAUAGUGGAAUCAGAGUAACUCCAGACACACUGACAGAUAUGGCCAAUCAGAUGACUGAAAAAGUGGGCUUGGUCCAUGGGCUUCCCUAUGUUGCAGACAGACAGGGUUUUGCUGCUACACUUGAACAGGUUUAUUUUGGAACUUCACAUCCUAGGUCAUAUAUUUCAGCCCACUUAACUGGAUUUAAGUGUGUAACAGGAAUGUCAUGCUUGAUGAGGAAGGAUGUUUUGGAUCAAGCUGGAGGACUGAUAGCUUUUGCACAGUAUAUUGCUGAAGAUUACUUUAUGGCCAAAGCAAUAGCUGAUCGGGGCUGGAAAUUUGCGAUGGCCACACAAGUUGCAAUGCAAAACUCCGGUUCAUAUUCUAUCUCUCAGUUUCAGUGCAGAAUGAUCAGGUGGGCCAAACUGCGAAUUAAUAUGUUACCUGCCACAAUAAUUUGUGAGCCAAUCUCUGAGUGCUUUGUUGCCAGUCUGGUUAUUGGAUGGGCAGCUCAUCAUGUGUUUAGAUGGGAUAUAAUGGUAUUUUUCCUGUGUCACUGUUUGGCAUGGUUUAUAUUUGACUACAUUCAACUGAAAGGUGUUCAGGGUGGUCCUUUGUGUUUUUCAAAACUGGAUUAUGCAGUAGCUUGGUUCAUCAGAGAAUCCAUGACAAUUUAUAUUUUCCUAUCUGCUUUGUGGGACCCCACUAUUAGCUGGAGGACACGACGCUACAGAUUACGUUGUGGAGGCACUGCAGAAGAAAUUCUUGAUGUAUAGCCACAGCUUUGUAACUGUGAAUGUCAAAAAGAGAAAGGGGGAUGUUCUGGGGGGGUUGCGGGGGGCGGGAGAUAAGUAUUAUAAAUUGUUUAUAUAAAUACUUUUAAGAAAAUCUACCUUCAGUAGUUUUAUUACUUGUAUGUAUGUUUGUUUUGGUAUCUGUUCUUUAAUUUAUUCUUGCAUGGCACUUGCAUCUGUGAAAAUAUAUCUGUAGUCUUGGCCAGACGGAACCUUGCUUCCAUGUACAAAUAGAAACGGAGAGAAUUGGUCCUGACAUCUUAUUUCCCAUAGGAAUGCUCUGCAGUAAACUCCUUUACAAAAGAAAAAAAGAAAAAGUAUCCUCCUGGAUAUGAACAGCUUCUUAUUCCAUGGUGUGCUAACCUAGCAAAUCCAGGGUUCACACAGCUAUUUUCCAGCUGGAUUGUAGGUGGCUGUACCUAGUAAAAUCUCUGUAGUACAGCUAACUUCUCUUAUCCCACUAAUUUGAGCUAGUAACAGGACCUUGGGAAGAAGCUCCUAAAUGCUUUAUGCCUACCUCUCAUGUUUGCUGCAGAACAAAAUAAAUGGAAAGGUAAAAAUGCUUUGCAAAAACAAACUGAAGUAAAGUGGAAUCUUGUGUUUAUAUGUAUAUAUGAAAUAAUUUAGUCAUUGCAAUGAACCAAAAGUUGACUGAGUUUGAUAGAAUGUGUUGGAAGGAAUUACUGGUCAGGCAUGUAUUGUGCACCUUUUGGCCAACUCUGAUCUGGUUCUGUCUUGAACCUUCUUAAGCACUGUGCUUUAACUAGCCAAGCUCAUCCCCUUCAAUAUUUCCAUUCUUUUUAAGGGGUGUUUGUUUUCCCCUGUGAGUGAAUAUUUCGGGGGAGUGGGAGGAGUGGGAUUGUGGGGGGUGAGGGGGACACAGUCAAGGGUAGAAGGGAGCGGGAAUACAUUUUAGAAACAUUUCACAAGUGAGCUAUUUUCUUAUUCAAUGUCUUGAGAAUGUAAUUUCAUUAUGCAGGUAUUUAGUAUCUUUUUAAAGUGAAUAUACAGACCUUUGCUAGUCAUAAUUACGUACUCAAUUACAGUCAUUACUGUGAAUAUAUUAAAGGGCCAGGUGAGUUUGCUGUUACUGAUUGAAACUGUAAUAUUAAUUUAAGUAUCAAACUAAGUCUACUCUUGGCUUUUUGCCAUCUACUGUUAGUCUAGUCUUUAAAUUGGACUUUUGUAUUUCAGUGGUAUGACUAAAAGGACUAGAUUUAAAUGCAUGCCAUUAUUUUCCCCUCCCUGCUCCCUGUAGCUUGGUUUCCAACCUCAUUGUGACUUCCUAAUUUGUGGUGAACUGGACUUGUUUUCUUUGAACACUUUAAUUAAAAAACACAGCAAAGCUAGAGAGGGACGCUGCAUAAGCCUUUUGUUUAUAUAGCUAUAUUUAUGCUGCUUUACUUUUCUUCAUAUAGAAUACCAUUGUCACCAUGAAUGUGAGCUGCUAAUUACAAGGCUAAUACCAACAAAGCAGCUUUAAAAGUUGGAUGGUAAUGUGUAGCAAAUUAGCAAUAAUGACAUGUAUUUAUAAAAAUGGAUAUUUUUACCUUACUGAGCCAAUCCUUUAUCUGUCGUAUGCUACACAAGUGCAAUGUGUAUGUAUGUGUUGUAAAACAUACUCUGGGCCAAAAUGCUUCAUCCACUUUAAUAUCUCUUUUGCCUUAUGAUACCAUGGAACUCUCUUAAUGGGCAUUGCUUUAUGAACAAAGGCUUUUGAUGCAUGCUUCAUUCUCUUCAUGUGAAUCAGGAAGAAGCAUUUUUCCUGAGGAAGUUUGCGUACUUAAAGCUAGUCUAGUUUUGAUCCACAAAAACAUACUGGUCUUAAUAUUGUUUUUUACAUAGUUGUAUUUUGCUGACAAUGUUUGUAUCUUUGUUUCAUGAAGUUUGAUGCCAUUCAUUGCACUGCUAAUGUGAAGCUUAGCUUGCAAUUUAGCUUUAUGCUGAUUUCUAUGCAGGCAAUGGAACAGAACCAAAAAAAAAAAAGGCUGUACAGACUUCACUUAAAAAAAUAAAUAGAUGGGGAUAACUGUUUAAAAGAUGCUUUUGUACUUGUAGAGCCAUCUUUGGUCAUGAAAAACAAAGCUUCACUUAAGUAAAUAGUUUCGUUUGGGUAUUGUGCAGUUGAUUAUGAAAUGGAAGUCAACACUGUCAAAUGUAGAAGAUGCUGCAACAGAAAUUCUAGAAGUUAAAAAUGGCUAAUGUAAAGUUGUGUUCAUCUACAGAUGUGUAGAAUAUACCAUGUUUAUUUAAAAUAAAUGGCUUGGUUUUUCUUUUAUUUAAAAAUAAAUUUUGAAUA